CUCACAACAUAGUACACACUCUUGUAGACUUAAAUUGCUGCUUGUAUUUGAGUUUUUGAAGUCAAUCAAGUCAUUCAGACAAAGUGGAGUACAACAACAUUGCUCAAAGAAAAAUAAGCUAAAAAGAUAAACAAUAUAACGUGCCAGCAAAUAAAAAUAAUAUUUAAUUAAAAAUGAGGGAAAAUACGCCUCCUGCAUCUCCUUAUCAUGAUGAGGAUGAAGAAUUAGUGUACGUUGGUGACGAUAUUGAUGAAGUCAUCGAGCAUCUCGAAGGAAUUCCAGACAAUGAAAUGGAAGAUAUUGAUGAAGAAGAAGACUUGGAAGAUGAUGGAAAUGUCACACCAGAACGAGAUGAUUCGAUAUUAACAUUUUCAAAGCACACAAGUGCAUUAUUUUGUGGUAAUUUCAGCACUGAUGGAUCACUUGCUGUAACCGGUGGAGAAGAUGACAAAGCAUAUGUUUGGGCAACAGAUACAGGAGAUGUAGUUUUUGAAGUUACAGAACAUAAAGACAGUGUAAUAGCAGCAGAAUUUUCAUACGAUGGAGCGUAUUUAGCAACAGGAGACAUGGCAGGUGAACUCAGAGUCUUCAAAAUAGAUAAGAAUUAUAAGAAAGUUUGGGAAUUUUCGAUGGGCGAUAUGAGUUGGAUGCAAUGGCAUCGAAAAUCUAAUGUCUUGCUAGCUGGAUCUGAAGUUGGUGAAAUUUACAUUUGGCGUAUUCCAUCUGGUGACUGUAAAGUGCUUCAAGGUGCUGGGGAUAAAUGUGAAGUUGCUAUUUUCACAAGUGAUGAUAAAAGAUUAGCUGCAGGAUAUGGCGAUGGAACAUUCAAACUUUGGGAUAUUAAGAAUCAACAAGUUCUUUUAAAUAUAGGUCCAGAUGAGCCAUCAAGCAGUGAUGAAAAUGAAGAAGUUCCACCACCAUCAAUUACAACAAUCGCUACAGACAAUGAGAAUCAAUUAAUAAUCACAGGCGGUGUUGAUGGAACAGCUAAACUGAUAGGAAGUAAUGGACUUAUUGGCAAUUUAUCAAUUCCACAGUCAAGCUCAUUAGAAUCGUUCCCAAUUGAACGAGUUCUCAUAGAUUGCCCAGGUUUAGAAUUCAAAGUUGCAGUCACAGCAAAUUUAGGAGGAAAAGUCAUCAUUUGGGAUGUUGCACGUCAAUCAAUAAGAAAUGAAUGCAAAGAUGAGGACGCAUCAGGAGUUACCACAAUGAUUUGGGGAAGAGAACAGACAAUAAUGGCAGGAACACUUGGCGGUGCUGUAAAAGCCUGGAAUGUGAGAAAUGGAGAAUUAAAAUUCAAGUUACUUGGACAUGCUAAUAAUAUCCAUGACAUUUGUUAUCAUGAAAAGAAGAAUUUAUUAUUGACAGUAUCAGAAGACAAGACAGCAAAGAUUUACACUCUCCCUUUGUAAAUAUUGAAAUAAUGAGUUACAUUAAUUGUGAAAAUGUAAAAUAAAAUUGAUAUUUUC